AUGGUGAUAUAUGUGCACUUUACAGAAUCUGAUAAGGGUCUCCAAGAAAACAGGCGCGACCCGAGAGUGUCCCAGAAACAUGCACAGGAAGUGUUUUACACGGAAGGGAGCCAAGAGUCUAUCCACAUGCAGCAAAUGGCGCCAGGCGGUCCGCCGCACAUGCAAGAUCCCAGCCUAUCACAAGAUGGGAUAGGCAGUCCACCCCACAUGCAAGAUCCCAGCCUCUCACAAGGUGGGAUAGACGGUCCGCCCCACAUGCAGGAUCCCGGCCUCUCACAAAGUGGGAUAGGCAGUCCACCCCACAUGCAAGAUCCCAGCCUCUCACAAGGUGGGAUAGGCAGUCCACCCCACAUGCAAGAUUCAAGCCUCUCACAAUGUGGGAUAGACGGUCCGCCCCACAUGCAAGAUCCCAGCCUCUCACAAGGUGGGAUAGACAGUCCACCACACAUGCAAGAUCCCGGCCUCUCACAAGGUGGGAUUGGCAGUCCGCCAAACAUGCAAGAUCCCGGCGUCUCACAAGGUGGAUAG